AUGGGUAAAUCUCACGGUUACAGAUCUCGUACUCGUUACAUGUUCCAAAGGGACUUCAGAAAGUCCGGAACUAUCCCAUUGUCCACCUACUUGAAGGUGUACAAGGUUGGUGACAUUGUGGACAUCAAGGCUAACGGUGCCAUUCACAAGGGUAUGCCACACAAGUUCUACCAAGGUAAGACCGGUGUCGUCUACAACGUCACCAAGUCCUCUGUCGGUGUCAUCAUCUACAAAAUGGUCGGCAACAGAUACAUUGAGAAGAGAUUGAACUUGAGAGUUGAACACAUCAAGCACUCCAAGUGCAGACAGGAGUUCUUGGAGAGAGUGAAGGCCAACGCUGCCAAGAAGGCCGAGGCUAAGGCUCAGGGUGUCGCUGUUCAGUUGAAGAGACAGCCAGCUCAGCCAAGAGAGUCCCGUGUUGUCUCCACCGAAGGUAACAUCCCACAAACUUUGUCCCCAGUUCCAUACGAGACUUUCAUCUAA